UUCAUUCCAUCAGGAGCGUGUCUCCAAAAGCGAUGUUGUUCACCAAAAGCAGUAUUACGCAUGGCAACGUGACAGAAGCGGAGUGACUCUCCCCGUGGAGCGUUGGAUUGUGAACUUUGUUUCUUCUUCGGAACCCCGUGUGCCCGUAGGGAUAAUUUGGGGGACCUUUAAAAGGGGUUUUCUGUUGGAGGAGAUGCAUUCGUGCAGGUGCUGCUUCUUAUGUGGGCUACACUAUGACCGGGAGCGUUACGCGCAAUGUACUUCCAUGCGUUAGUGCAAGGCAGCUCAGCGCACCCAGUUUAGGCUGAAAGAAAAAAGGGUGCAAAACCACGAACAUGAUACGAAGGGACAAACCGGAGCCAGAAUGGAUUUAACCCAGUUGAGCGUGAUUGUGCAAAACGUUUCCAGCGAUGAGAACGCCACGGACGCACCGUUUGGCUUGCCACACUCGGAGGCAGCUACUGCGCUCAUCAUCCUGGUGGUCACUGUGAUCAUUUCGGUGACCAUUGUCGGUAACGUGUUGGUGAUUGUUGCGGUACUGACCAGCCGGGCUCUCCGUGCGCCCCAGAAUCUUUUCCUGGUGUCUCUGGCAUCAGCGGACAUCCUGGUGGCCACGCUGGUCAUACCCUUCUCCCUCGCCAAUGAAGUGAUGGGCUACUGGUACUUUGGAAGUACUUGGUGCGCCUUUUAUCUGUCUCUGGACGUGUUAUUCUGCACCUCAUCCAUCGUGCACCUGUGCGCCAUCAGCCUGGACCGCUACUGGUCAGUGACAAAGGCGGUGAGCUACAACCUGAAGCGGACACCAAAGCGCAUCAAGUCCAUGAUCGCUGUAGUGUGGGUAAUAUCUGCUGUCAUCUCCUUUCCUCCUCUCCUCAUGACCAAACAUGAUGAACGGGAGUGCCUGCUGAAUGAUGAGACCUGGUACAUUCUCUCCUCCUGCAUUGUGUCCUUCUUCGCUCCGGGUCUCAUCAUGAUUCUGGUUUACUGUAAGAUCUAUAAGGUGGCCAAGCAGCGCAGCUCCACCGUGUUCGUGGCCAAGAACGGCCUGGAGAGGCAGCCCUCUCAGUCCGAGACCUGUUUCGUGAGGAAGGAUCGGUUCGAGACGGAGAGCCCCAGCAGCCAGAGCUCCGGCAGCCACCAGCAGAGACAGGGGGAGCUGGAUGACAUCGAUCUGGAGGAGAGCUGCUGUCCUUCGGACGUUAAACCACGCAAUCAUCGCUUCACCAAGCGGAGAAAGGUGGAGGGGUCAGACUGCUGCCCGCCUCAGAACUGCCGUCUCUCCUGGGCUUCAGCCCGGGCGUCACAGCUCUACCCGGAGCAGAAGAACCCAGGUGCGCGACAACAGCUGACCGCGGCCAACAAAACCAAAGUGGCCCAGAUGCGGGAGAAACGUUUCACCUUCGUUCUGGCGGUAGUGAUGGGAGUGUUUGUGCUUUGCUGGUUCCCCUUCUUCUUCACUUACACCCUUCAUGCGAUCUGCAGAGACAGCUGCUACAUCCCUGGUGCACUUUUCAACCUUUUCUUUUGGAUUGGCUACUGCAACAGUUCUGUGAACCCCAUAAUAUAUACUAUUUUCAACAGGGAUUUCAGGAAAUCCUUCAAGAAAAUCAUAUGUAGAACUUCUAAACGCACAUAAACACAGAGGGGAUACUGGGACAAAUCUGUUUAGCCUCUCUGGCUCUGUGGUGGGAAGGAAUUACAUAAUUAGAGCUCAUCCUUCUUGACAGGUUUUUGUUCCCAAAUUCAUUUUAAUGUAACUACUAUGAUUUAAAAAAAAAAAGACCCAGUGUGUGUGCACCUUUAAAAGUCUAUGAAUAAAAUGUUAAGUUGUGCAAAACUAUGAAUAUUUUAAGUGCAUCAGUGUUGCAAACUUGUGUCAAACAUGGUCCGUUUUUAAUAAUAUAUGCAUUUAUGCCACACAAGUUGUAAUUUAUAGGUCACUGUAUAAUAAGUCCUGCAAACAUGCACCUUUGAACAAGAAACCCCUGUCUUGGAUCAAUCUCCUAUGCUGCAGUGAGCAGCAGGAAGGAGCUACUUCAGGGUAAAAUUGAAGUCAUGAAUGUAGAUUUUUCACAGUGGGUGUUUUGUGUAAAGAUAAAAAAGAAGAUUAAUCUCCUCCAUCUGUAAGAUAUGGGCAUGGGGAUAAUCAGGCAAGCAAGUAUUGCCUGUGUGUGUGUGUCAUGGGAAAAAAAAAGAAAUGAAAUCCAUAGCUCAGAUGAUUUAAUGUUGCAUGCAAUGUUUGGCAUUAAUACAAGUAAUUCGCACAUUCAUCUUUGCUGCAGUUAAAGCUACAGCAAGGCCUCUCAGCCAUUUCUUAUCAGUGAACCCCCAAACUUAUGUAAGAGUCUAAUCUCACACCCCCACCGCACCAUCACACCACCUCACACCACCUCACACCACCUCACAACAGAACAAUGGCCAAGCAGAGGCCUGCAUGUAUUGGAUAAAUCUGUGUUUCUCAUUUCAACACCUCACAAUACCUCAGUAUUUAUUCGGUAAAUAUUUAAACCGUGUGACGUCACCAUUCAGGGAUCAGUUAUUAUCAUUCAGCAAAUUUCAUUGUAUUUUUUUUAUUUUUUUAAAUUUUAUUCUCUUACAAGUAAAAAUGUUACUGGGAAAGGUGAGAAAAAGAAAGUCCAGUCAAUUUAACUGCCUGUGACAUUCCUGUACAUGCCAAAGGAAGGAUUGCUCACACAUGACAUAGCCAAAAUACAAACCUCCCUCUAUCUUAAAAAUAACAUCUCUGGACACAGUUAUUGCAGGAAGAGCUGGACUUCAAUCCAGCAUCAAAUCUUCUUGGUUCAAUAAGAGAGCUUAAUAUCUACGAGCCAGGCCUCAGGCUGUAAUCCUCUGCUUUAUAAAGCUGCUAUAUCAGAAAAAACUACUUCAACUAUCCUUUAACUUCUUAAAAAUAUGUAGAAAUAAUUCACAGAGGGAAUAAAUCUUUAACUUAAAUGGAAAAAAUAUAUUAUUAGAAGACAUGAAAAGGAAAUGUUGUGGUUGGAUUCAAGUAUAUAUUUGUGCUGCUCUGCACUGUUUCUCAGACAGACUGCGGUCAGAUGAUGAUGCAUCUGGGAUGUAAAGUGUGUGUGAAAUGUUAAAUAUAUGAUGACAUUUGCAUGAGAAGUUCCUGCACUACUUUGGACAAACUCUGGUUAGUGAGAAGAAGGCUGACCAGCUCCGUAUCUUGUCUGCAUGGGGAUGCUGAGGAAAGAUACACUAUUUAUAUCCUCGGAGGAAUGUCUUCAAAGCACUCCUACGGCUCUCUGGCGCCUUGCCAAUGAUAAUCACUCCAUUUGAGGUGUGCCAUGCUUAAAAGGAAAUUUUUAAAAAGUUUAAUGAAAUGCUUUUUUGUGUGUGAAGUGCGCCCAUUUUCACAAGGGUGUUCUGAAAAUAUCAUCAAGGGAAAUAAGAGUGAAGGUAGUUAUAUUUCCUCUUGACGUGCUGCACGUUUUAUUCAUGAGCAGAAUUCAGACAGUCUGAGAGAAGUGCGGCUGGCGGGAGGAAGGAAGUUUUUUCUCAAAGGAUCUCUUGAAACAAAUGAAAUGUCUGGGUCGAGUCACACUCACAGGAGGUGGUAAAAUUAGCUUUGCAUCUUCUUGAAUUACUGGGAUGAAAGUGAUGUUAAUUGGGACAUGUGUAAUGCAAUGUUGCCGUGCAAAUGUUAUAUGUAACUUGAUUUUCCAAACGGCAUGGAUAUCACCUGUUGCAUUAUCUGAGGAGCAUAUAUUUAUAUGAGCACUCGCAUGUAAUUCCUGGUAGUAUACUGAUUACUAUCUGACAAGAUAUGCAACUCCCUUGUUAAAUCUCACUCCCCAGUUCAAUUAUCUUUCUAAUCAACUGCUCUGUUGCAACAGAAAUUGAGCACAAUUCUUUUAAUUAGCCGUUAGUGACUUCUGUUACUUUUGGUAAGGUCUCCUCACACACUUCAGAGUCAAAUUAAAAGACCUACACAUAGAGCAGCAUGGUACAUUACAUUAUGUUCAUUUGCACUCCUAAAGAAACAUUUACACAAGACUAUUCCUCAUAACCUUUUCCUAUUCAUGAGUUAAAUGCUCUCGUAAUUGCAUUUUUAUUCAAGACAAAAAUUAGCAUUGUUGUCUUCUGCUGCUGAGCCUUUUUAUUUAUCCCAAAGUGUAAACAAAGUUGGAGACUAGUUCAGGAAGAGAGGCAUAGCUGAGGCGACCCUCAACAUCCCAAAAGGCUUAACGAGAGCAACAGACCAACUGGACAAAGUCAAAACAUUUCCUGGUGUGGGAUGCUGAGGGGAAAGCUUUCUUCUGGCCUUCUUCAAGGGGGAGGAAGAGUGGACGGUCAGAGGCGGCUGCCAGGGCUGUUUAGGGUCAGAAGUGCAGGCAAGGCUAUUUGCAGUCACAAUACUUGGAGGAGAUGUGGUUAUAAAUGUUUCAAGAUGGGUGAAGCCUCUUAGGAUGAGAGAGAGAGAACGCUGGGGGAGAGCAGUUGCUCGUUGUCCUCUGCUAUUACCUUGUUUGUCAGGCACAAUGCGGCAUCUGCAGGUAAUUGUUUUUUUCCAAUUGUCUCUAACAAGAUAAGGGUUGGAGGCGAGCAAGGCCAAAACUAGCGUCAAUCCCAGGAAGCUGUGUAUCUUAGAGAAGAGGAGCCUGUUUGUCAUUAGUGUAAAUCAGCAGGUGUCACACCAAAGCGAGGGUGGGCCUCCAGGCCUUUCUAACAUAUAGCCCCGUUUAACACAAACAACCACUGUAUGACUGGAGGUGUCAAAGAGAAUCAGAAACCAGCAGCGCUAAUUUAAAGAUGACAGUCAGAUCUGUGGCCCCUGUGUCUCUGCAAGCACAUGUAGGUAGGUGUGUUUCCUUUUAUACCUGUUAACUGACCAAGCAAGUGGAGAUUCUGCUCAUUGGCAGAUUUACCAUGGCAUUAGAAAUUUCUAUUUUUAAUACAAUGUUUAAUGUCAAACUUGGCAUUGAUGGAGGGCUGCAGAAGUUGUCACAGAUUGUGUGAGCUAUAAUCUUAGAAAUUUGCAGCUUUAGAGGACAAGUAGGGUUAUAGUCUAUAUUUUCUUCAAAUCUCAUGAGAAACCAACGAUGAAUUGAUGCAAUUAACAAGUAUUGUGUGUUCCAUCCUGCUGCUGAAAUUUGAAAUCCCCCCAAAACUUUACCCUUGUUUGAGUGGAAUUUGCUAAAAACUACAGUGUCCAACUGUUUUCAAAAUUCAUCAGCCUUUUUUUUUAAAAUACUGAAACUAUAUUUGAAACCUUUUUUAAGACUUCAUAUAGGAACAAACAAUCUUGGGACUGAGAGUCACUUUUGGUUUUAGUCUUUUCAUGGGAUUUGUUGUCAAAAAUUUAGAUAUACCCCUUUUCCACCAAAAUUUGAUUGUGUAUGUGAGUUUUUAAAACACGGGAAAACACCCCAAAAAGAGGCUGCUUUUCCCACUGCGAGUUGCCCAGAGCUGUGUACCAACUCUGCAGCAGAUGAUGUUUCUUUUACUGUUGUGUCACAUUUGAUGACAUGGACAGGCCGGACAACAGGUUAGUAAACAGUAGAAAGCAGCAUGGAGGCCAGUGAGAAUGUCACAGACUUUUAUAUCUCUUAUUUAUUCAGCAUCUCUUUCAAACUCUGUGCCAACUAAUUUAGAGAGAUAUUUGAGCUGCUUGGGCAGAGACAGGCAGUACUUUUUUUGCGGCACAUGAUUGUAUCUCAUUGAUAAAGGGGCUAAAAUUGACACAUUCACACGUGUUUCCAUCACUGCCAAUCAGAGCCAGAGCCGAUACAUACCAGAGACUACUGCAGUCAUUUGACCCAGGUGUGAAUGCUGAUAAUAUCUUUACCAUCAUAUACAAAAGCCAGACUUUGGCAGGUGUUAAUGGUUUUUCUGUGUAGUGGGAGAGGGGCUAUAAAAAUAUUGGCAGCCUCAUCCUUUAAAACUAUUCAACAAAUAAAGAAAUUCGUAGACCAACAACCUGACUAAAUCAAAAUAUAUUUGUUUGGAUUGAAAAUUUUGAUUAUGUUUAAUGGCUGUAACACUUCUAAAAUAAAGUAUGCAUUCUCCUGUUCUGUUCUUGUAACUGAAGAAACAACUUUGGGGUGUGAUCAGUGACUUGCAGUGUGUUGCAAAACUUUCACUCCCUCAAGGUACAACCAGAUUACUUAAACUAUAAAUUUUUCUCCUCACUUGUUCUGUAUUCUGCCGUGUUGUUUGUUA